AUGUCAACAUCAUCGGAAAGAGUGGAAUGGGUGGAAAUCAUCGAGCCCCGAACAAAGGAACAUAUGUAUGCGAAUUUGACCACAGGCGAAUGUGUAUGGGAUCCUCCUGAGGGUGUCACCAUCAAGCGAACAGAUGCUUCACAAUGGUGGGAGCUGUUCGACACAAAUACCUGUCGAUUUUACUACUACAAUGUUGCCUCACAGAAAACCGUUUGGCAUCGGCCGCAGAACUGUGAUAUUAUCCCUCUGGCCAAGUUGCAAACCCUGAAGCAAAACACCGAUCCGAGCGAUCGGAAAGAUGCGACACUCCCGCAUCAUCACCAUCAUCACCACCACCAUGGUACAGGAAGUGGUGGCAGCACAGGAGGCGGCGGUGGAGGCAUUGGUGGUCUUGGUGCACUCGGCGGUGCAUCAAAGUUGGGUGGCAGCGGAACAGUAGGAAAAUCUUGCGGUCAUCGAACAGCAACGGGCGUCACGGAUUAUCGCGAUCGAGACCAUCACCAUCGUAGCUCCAGCUCGGGGCACCGUCGUGGCGGCGGUGGCGGAUUAGAUCAACGCAGCAACAGCGAGCUUCUGGCCAGCCCGCAAGGAAGACACAGUCUUCAACAUAGAUUACCGCCAAAAAUCGUAACCUCUCCGUUGGCUGACGGUAACUGCCACGCUUCGAUUAGCCGACUGGACCCGCACAAAUUUUGCAGACAUGGGCACCAGUCGAGUGGUGGCGCAGGAACCGGUGGCAUCUCGGUGCCAUCUGCUGGAUCGGUACGUGGAAGCCUGCGUUAUCCCGGAAGUUAUCAGCACGGCCAUCUUCAUGCGGCGCAGCAACAUCAUCAGCGUUUCCACCAUCACCACCAUCAUCCGGAUAUCAACUCGCUUAAAUCCUCCGAGGGUAGCCUAUCCGGUAGUUACCGUCGGUUGCACGGCGGUGCUGCAGGCAGCGUUCCUGACGCUGCGAACAGCCUGCUUCGGUACGGCAGUGGUUCCAGUGGUUAUGCUACGAAUGGCCAUACCAGCGGUGGAGGCAGUGGCACGGGUAGUAGAAAACACAAUCCUGACAGUAGUAGCGGCUACCGAAUGCUACAGGAAAGUUCAAGUUCUCACAACAUUCCACACUCGGUGGUAGUCCCUUCGCCUUCAGCAUCAACGGCAGCUGUGUCUGCAGUGAGUAGCAGCGAAAAGCUAGCCAUUGGAUCAUUGCAUCAUUCGUCAGCACUGCCCCCACCUCACCAAAUGCUGUCGUACUCGAUCUCAAACUCUUCGGAUCUUGCUGCUGCCGGAAGCCUAUCGUCACCGUCACACUCGUUGAGCACGCCGCAGUUCAAAAAGAAAUUCAUCCAUGACGGUGGUGUAGGAGGCUCCUCAUCGAAAUCUUCUUCGAAGGAUGGCAACCUUGUCGGAGGAAUGGUAUCAAAGCACGAAAGCUUUGAUUAUGGCGGCAAUCCUAGUGCAUCAUCAAUCUCGCUUACAAGGUCUGGGAGUUUUCUUUCGUCUGCAGGCAUAACUAGUGGUGUGGGUGGUGCUAUUGGUACUCCCCUUUCAUCCCGGCCGUAUGGUCCAUCUGGAAGCGGUGGAAGUUAUCAUUCUUCUAGCGGGUCCCAUAGGAAGGGUAGCUUUGAUGGAAAUGGUGGAAGCGGCAGUGCAGGAGCAGAUACUGGUGGUAGUGCUGGAACCGGUGGAGCCGCAGGAGUAGGGGGAGGGGGAGGAGGAAGCGAUGAUUCAAUGCAUGAAAAAUACUUUAAAUCGGUUGAAAAUACACCGAUCACGCGAAGGCGUCACACAACGUCCUCUAAAUCGCCUUUGCAGCAACAAAAGCAAUCAAGCGAUUCUAGUCCCCAGAGUCCAAUUAGUCCACAACAACAGCAGCAGCAACAGCAAGGAAAAGUGCAACGGCCGUCAGCUUUGUCGGUGGAGUUAUCUUCCGGUAGCAGUUACCAAAACAACGGCAGCAACAAAUCUAGUCAUAAAAAUAGCAAUAUCAAUAGCAGCAACACCACAGGUGAUCAUCCCAGCGAACUGCUAUACAAUGUCGAUGGUGCGACAGGAAAACCAGACAAAUAUCUUGAUAAAAUGAAGCACGAACGCACCGGCAAAGUAUCUCCCGGUGCGGUGUCAAUGGGCGGAAAACAAUCUCCUUAUCCGCCCAACAUUCCAACAUCCUCUUCCUCUAGUCAUCCUAUGGAGCAAACGAGCGGUGGCAGUACCGCCAAGGGCAGUGGGGGUAAGGAUCAGUUUUCAUUGAACCUGAAUCAAUCCAACCUUGACCGACACAACCGAGCGCACGAUCAACAACAAACACUGGAGAAAAAGUCGUCGGGAUCAACUCAUACUGUUGCCUCGAACAAUUCUUCUACGCACAAUACGAAGCAUGGAAAGAGGGCUAAAAAUUACAACAAUCACAAUACCGCUGGUGGUACCGGGUUCGAUUUCGAUUACGACAACGGCAAUACCUCGCCUCUGUACUGCAACUGGGACAAGGAAAUGCAGGAACAUUUGCUCCCUUUGCAACAUUACAUUUUAGAACAGGCGAAGCUGUCAGGCUCUUACGGAUUAGGUGAUUUGGACUCUGAUUCGUUUCACUCAGACAGUCAAUCAGAGCACUCGUUCUCGGGACACGAACCAGAUAAUGAAGACUCCGACCAUUCUGAUGGUCACGGCGACUAUUUGGCUCAUUAUCCUUACGAAGAAUAUGGUGCCCGACAUGGUCAGGAUGGCGGCGUAUCAUACUAUAACUUUGAGUUCAAUUUUGGGGAUCGCGACGAAAAGGAAGAUAUAUCUGAAGAAGUUACGGCAAAAUUAGAGAGCAUGCCUGAUCAAAUAUACAGCCCAGUCAAAAACCAUCCUCCAUUGCACAAAUUUCCGUCACCUGCAUUUCAAUCCGGAAGAAAGGUUUUUGAAACGACCGGUAGUAUGUUGUCUGAUACUGUUGACCGUGGACCACCUACAGUUCCGAUGGGCAGUGGAAAUGGCACAUUUGGAUCGAAAACGUCUUACCUACAGCAGAUGGCGGCCGCCGCUGGACAACAUCAACAGCAGCAACUGAGUGGUGGAAUUCAGCCACCUCAACAACAGCUUCAACACAAACUCAGUAAAGCCACAUUGUUGCAACGAUUCCAGGAAAAUCUAAGAUUAGAAUCAUCAGGAACGGGAGCAGGCAGUAAUGGGAAGAUAGCUGAGAUGGCUUUGCUGAAGGAGUGUGAUAUCGAGAAAUUUGCGCAAGAUAAUCUCAAUCUACAUUCAAAGGGCAUUUUCCGCAAAAAAUCCUCUGUGAGAGACAUGCUCAGUUGGACAUCAAACGCUAUAAGCCGUCCGAUGCUAUCCCUGGCCAGAGACAAAGCGGGCAAAAAGAUGGCCACGGAUCUGUUCAAACUGGUGCAGAUAUAUAUGGGUGAUAGAAAGGCACGCAUUGGGAUGAGCUUGAUUUCGGUCGCAAUAGACAUCGUAACUAUGGCGAUGGGACAGGCACAGUUGCGAGACGAACUAUACAUCCAGAUGUGCCGCCAGACUACAGAGAAUCCAAGUCGCGAUUCAUUGAUCCGAGGUUGGGAGCUAAUGGCGAUUUGUCUGUCAUUUGUACCACCAUCCCCUACGUUCCAGCCAGCUUUGCUGGGUUAUAUCAACCGACACCGCGAUCCUUCUUUUGCGACCACUUUCCCAGAAGUUGGAAAAUGGCCAAUCCACGUUCAGAUUUCUCAUUAUGCAACGAUAGCGUGUCGUCGGUUGGAUCGCAUCGGAAGCUCGGGUAGGAAGCAGGCCAAACGGCCAUCGGAAGAUGAGAUCAACCAAGCACGAGAGCAAAUUUUCCGCGAUAGUAUGUUCGGCAAUACGCUUACUGAGGUAAUGGAACUGCAGAAAGAGCGAUUCCCAGAGCGUCAGCUUCCUUGGAUACAGACGACACUUUCGGAACAAGUUUUACUUUUGAACGGGAAACAAACCGAAGGCAUUUUUCGAGUACCGGCCGAUGUUGACGAAGUUAAUGUAUUGAAAAAUCUGAUCGAUCGCUGGGAAUUUCCCGAAAACAAGGGAACGAUGGAUGCCCACGCUCCUGCUAGUUUGCUGAAGCUGUGGUAUCGCGAACUGUACGAUCCGCUCAUUCCGGAUGAGCUUUAUGAUGAAUGUGUUCAAACAGAAGACCCUGUUGAAGCGGCUGCUAUCGUAGAAAAGUUACCUAAAAUCAACCGAUUGGUUCUCACUUAUUUGAUACAUUUCUUGCAACAGUUUUCCCUACCUGACGUGGUUGCUAACACAAAAAUGGAUUCAUCCAACCUGGCGAUGGUAUUUGCACCUAAUUUGCUACGUUGCCAAUCACAAGAUCCGAAAGUAAUUCUAGAAAAUGCCCGAAAAGAGAUGACGUUUAUGCGCACUCUGAUACAGCAUAUGGAUACAUCCAGCGUGACAUAUUUGGUAUAA